AAUGAGCACUCAAAUAAUUGAGCUAGUUGCCACUUUAUUUCAUUACCCCUUUUUAUAACCAAAAUACAUGUGCUUUCAUAGUUUAAUUUUCCAUUUCUACAAGUAUUUGGUGUGGGACUUAAGGCAUUGUCUUUCUUAACCUUAUUUGUGAAGAAAUCAUUUAACCACAUUCUAAGGUGGGCAUGUACUCGUACUUGUGUCCUCAUCCUCAAUCAUAAAUAUUUUCUAGCCCUACCCUUUUGGAAUUACCAAGGUUAAUUUUUAUUCUUUUUUUUUUUUUUUUUUUUUUUUUUUUUUUUUUUUUUUUUUUUACUUUGAGGGGUAGUAAAAAAGAAUGAGUCUUUCCUUCAUUCCUUAUUGUAUGUUAUGUUAUGUUAUGUUUGAUUACAACAUCCUUAAAAAACACUUUUCUACUCCCUAGAAAAAACACCCAUUUUUUUUACUUAGCAGUAUAGUAUUUUUCCUGAUUCCUGCAGGAUUAUAUAUAGCCGCAAUAUUGCAGUAACCUUCAUUAAAUGGAAGAGAACAAGGGAAAGAGGCGGCCCCGGCCUCGCUUCACAUCCGAAGAGGCCGGGGAUUCAUCAGUGGAGUGUUCAGGGAAGCAGUGCAGAUCAUGUGCUGCAGCCUUGGUUGCUGACUGUGUUGCUGUCUGUUGCUGCCCUCUCGCGCUUGUCAGUCUGUUAGCUCUUGCCUUUGUUAAAGUACCUUAUUUAGUAGGCAGGAGGUGUCUGAGGAAAAGGAAGAACAGGAAAAGAAAAUGCUGCAAAAUCGGCGAAAAUGGAACUAGUAUUGAUAUCAACAGCAGGGAUAUUAGUCUGAUUUCAGGGAGAUUAAGUCAGAGUAAAUCAGAUAUUAUCUUUGAAUUUGGUAAAGAAGGUGAUAAUAUUAACAAUAAUAAUCAAGAGUUGGAAGAAAGAAGAAGCUUUUGUGCUGCAUUUGAAGCUGAUAAAGUAUUAUUUGAGUUGUACCAAGUUGGUCAUUUGGGUUUUGGUAGGGUUUCUUUUACAGGAAUUCAACCUUUUGGUAAGGAAAAUCAAGGGUAAAUUUUAGUUUUUUAAGUUUAGUAAUUUUUAGUUAGAAAAAAAAAAAAAAAAA